ACACUCUCGGUGCGAAGCUCUGGGCGCUUCGGCUGGGCGAGGACCGGAGGGAGGGAGAUCCGAUCCAUCGUCCUCAGUGCACACACCUGGCUUGCAGGUUGCCUGGUUUUAGAGCGGUUGGACCCAUCCUGGACGUACCUUGCUGCGAGGAGCGGCAAGAUAAUCCCGGCGCUCCAGUAUCCCGGUUGCAUUGAGAAGAGGGUGUUUUCUUUGAAUAGGGGAAAGGGGACCACCGUUUAGAUUUGUUUUUUUUUCCUUUUUAAAGAACCGCACGGCGAGGGCUCGGGCGACCUCUCUUCACCUUUGCCCCUUUGAACAAUAAACCGAGAGGUUAAAAAAAAAAAAGGCAAGUUUCCCGAUGGCCUCCAGUCCAACCGACUCGGACCUCAACCCUCAGCAGGGCGAUCCUGAUCCAAAUCAAAACAUCUGCUCCCAGGAUGAGCUGGAUUUCUCCAUUUUAUUUGAUUAUGACUAUACCAACCCAGUUGCAGAAGAACCGACUCCUUCACAUAAAAUCAUCAGCCCACCCUCUGGAGUUGCAUACCCUCAUGAUGAUGUCUCGGACUAUGGCCUCAAGCCGUACAGCCCCUUCGCUCUGUCUAGCCUUUCAGCAGAUCCCAUGGUCAGAUACGGACAGCCAGAUAGCCUAGGGUCGAAAUGCUACUCGGACCCUGUCAAGGCUGCCGGUCCCCCUACCUUGAGCCCUAGGAUUGAGAUAACACCAUCUUUUGAACUGAUUCACUCGGGGGGGCCCUUCUACAGCAGAGACGCAGAUCUCUUGGUAGAGCAUCAGUCCAGCUCCGCUACUGCUAGCCCAAGGUUUACCCUGCCUGUCCCCAGCUUUGAGAGCUACCGAGAACCGCUGUGCCUGAGCCCUCCUAGCAGUGGCUCCUCUGCAAGCUUCAUUUCAGAGACAAAUUUCUCUCCUUACACCUCACCAUGCGUUUCACCAAAUAAUGGCCCUAGUGAUGACCUUUGUCCACAAUUUCAAAACACCCAUGCUCAUUAUUCCCCUAGAACCUCGCCAAUAAUGUCUCCACAAGCAACCAUCGUGGAGGAUACCUGCUUGGGGCCACGUUCACCAUCGCCACGUCCCAACUCAAGGUCGUCGUCUCCAGGUGCAAAGCGGAGGUAUUCUUGCACUGAGCUCUACGGGAGUCAGCAGCCUUCCACUUCUCCACGGCAAUCGAGGACCCCUUCUCCACAGGCCUCUCCCCAGAUCCCCUUGAGGGACGACGGGUCUUCAGUCACUUACACCCAGUUGACCAGCUCUUCUAGCCUCAUGGAUGCAAUGAGCAGCCUCACCACCGACCCCUCCUGUGGAGUUCCCACAAAAAUAUGGAAAACCAGCCCCGAUCCUUCGCAGAUGUCUCCUCACAAACCCAGCAUGUCGUGUCAUGUGCUUCAGCCUAUUGAAUACAUUGGUCCUUGUGAGCAAGAUGAUCGGCGAAACCCACCACCUGAAUCAAUCUUGUUAGUACCACCAUCUUGGCCAAAGCAGCUGAUGCCGGCAAUACCCAUCUGCAGCAUUCCAGUGCAGUCCCUCCCACCGCUUGAAUGGCCUCUAGUCAGCCAUUCUGGCUCUUACGAACUACAGAUUGAAGUGCAGCCAAAGCCCCACCAUCGUGCCCAUUAUGAGACAGAAGGGAGUCGCGGGGCAGUCAAAGCACCAACAGGAGGGCACCCUGUGGUCCAGCUUCAUGGUUACAUGGACAACAAACCUCUGGGCCUUCAGAUCUUCAUUGGAACAGCAGACGAGCGGAUCCUCAAACCUCACGCUUUUUACCAAGUCCACCGCAUUACAGGCAAGACGGUCACCACCACCAGCUAUGAAAAAAUAAUUGGCAACACCAAAGUGCUGGAAAUCCCUCUGGAGCCAAAAAACAACAUGAAAGCAACUAUUGACUGUGCUGGGAUCCUCAAGCUGCGCAAUGCAGACAUCGAACUCCGAAAAGGGGAGACGGAUAUCGGUCGGAAGAACACCCGAGUGCGGCUGGUCUUCCGUGUGCACAUCCCUGAAUCCAGCGGCAGGAUAGUUUCUUUGCAAGUGGCAUCGAACCCCGUUGAAUGCUCUCAACGCUCCGCUCAUGAACUUCCGAUGGUGGAGAGACAAGAUGUUGACAGCUGCCUGGUAUAUGGUGGGCAACAGAUGAUUCUGACUGGCCAGAAUUUUACUGCUGAGUCGAAAGUUGUCUUCACAGAAAAGACACCAGAUGGACAACAGAUUUGGGAGAUGGAAGCCACGGUGGAUAAAGACAAGAGCCAACCCAAUAUGCUUUUUGUAGAGAUACCACAGUAUCGGAACAAACACAUUCAUACCCCAGUCAAAGUGAAUUUCUACGUGAUCAAUGGGAAGCGGAAAAAAAGCCAGCCGCAACAUUUUACCUACCUCCCAGUGCCUUCAAUCAAAACAGAGCCCAUUGAUGACUAUGAUCCAGCUUUAAUCUGCAAUACAGUACACAGUGGUCUGGGCACAGUGACACAGCCUUAUUAUUCGCACCACACAAUGGUCACCGAAUCUCCUUCCUGUCUUGUGGCCACAAUGGCUUCCUGCCAGCAGCUUCGUUCAAGUCUGUCUUCCCCGGAAUCUCGAUAUCCUCAGCAAACCCCAGGGGCUGUAAUAUACCAAAGAAGCAAGAGUCUCAGCCCUAGCCACCUGGGCUACCAGCAAUCUAGUUUGAUGGCUACACAGGUUUCCAUUCCAGAUGUGCACAGGUCCGUGCUGGUGCACACAGGCUCCCCCAGCCAAAGCUCAGCGGGGCUCCACCAUUCUCCAGCCAAUCAGCAGUCUUCCCCUGUGAUUCACUGUUCUCCAUCAACCAACCAACAGCUGAGAUGUGAAAGCCAUCAAGAAUUUCAGCACAUCAUGUGCAGCGAAAAUUUCGCGACCAGCGGAGUGAGACCCAGCCAGCCUCAGGUCAGCCAAGCACAAAGGUUAAGUCCAAGCUCGUACCCUACCGUGAUUCAGCAGCAGAGAACAGCGAAAAAUGGACCACCAGUAAGUGACCCAAAAGAAGUAUUACCAACUGGAGUGACUAUUAAGCAAGAACAGAAUCUUGACCAAGCCUACUUGGAUGAUGUUAACGAAAUUAUCAGGAAAGAGUUUUCGGGACUCCCUGCCAGAAGUCAGACGUAGAUGAUGAGAUUUGCGAGACGGCUUCUUCUGAACGCUCCCGUGUCUGACCUCUUGGAUCCUUUCUCCUGCCCCGUCCUGCCUCCUGCUUCCCUAAGCGAUCAUCUCAAGGCACCGGUUCAACACCAGGAACAAUGCACUGGCAUCAGACUAACAGCUUUGUCUAAGCGACGACGCAGCACCUCUCGCCGUAAACAUCAGAAAAAGAACACUCUUCCCUUUUGUCCAAAGAUCAUGUUGUUCUCAUGUAGCAAAGCAUGCGCCUGACCAAACUCUUCAUUAAUGCAGUUCACAGAUAUAUAUAUAUUAUAUAUAUUUAAUUUUUUUUUAAAAAAAUAGCAUAAGGAACAGAUCUGUGCAUGCAGCAUCAGCUUAAAAACAGCCCAGCAGCUCACCUCUCUGCACAACAUCACAACUGGAAUGGAAAACUGCUCUACAAAUAUGAAGGGGGAAAUUGCAGUAUGUGUGCCUAUUAUUUACUUGUAAAUCUGCAAAGUGGCUUUCUGGAUUACUGGCUAGACCUCAGGAUGCACUGAAGCUACAGCUACUGCUUCUAAAAAAAAAAAAAGCAAUGUAUACUUGGGGCCCAUCCAGCCAAAAAUUAAGACUCAUUGGCUUGGAUCCUAUAGCCAUAUUUCUGCAAUGUCCUUCGCUCUGGCCACAGCUCAGCUUGCUUCCUCUGCCACUAGUAUUUCUGUCUGCACAAGAUCAGUGGUUUUCAAUGAGCUCUUGCACAAAUGGAAAAGGAAACAACCCCACACUGCAGCUGGAGCGAAGUAUGUGCAGAAUAUGGUUGUGGGAUCCAAGCCACUGAUUUGAAAAGUUAUAUUUGUAUCUCCUUCUCAAAACCCAUGAAAUUGAUAGCACUUUUGGCUGGGUUAUGCCUUCCACUGCCUACUGCCUUCUCAAAAACAGUGUUGGGAUUGAAAUGGGGAUUAUUUUUUAGGAUUCCUUGCAGGCCCUACAAAGGACAAACAUUUUAAACUAUAAUCAAAUUGAAUACCCAUCAGGUCUUGAGAUUCUUAGUAGAAAAGCACAAGGCUGGGCAACUUCAAAAGAUGCCACCUUUCCAAGCUUUCAUCAGUGGGAAAUGUGAGAUCCAGGCUGCAAUUCUAAGCACAUUUGCUUGUUGGGAAAGUGCCAUGAAAAUCAAUGGAUUGGCUCCAACAAGAUUUUCCUCUGUCGAUAAUGAGACCAACAAAAAGGCUAUGCCCUGGAGGAGGGGUGUGAUGAUAAAUGGCACUAGCAUAGACAAAAGCAAUAUGGAACAGGGGCUGGAGCAAUCUGGAGAAUGGCCAGAUGGGGCAAAUUAAAAAAAAUCCAAAAAUUAACUUCUGAGUUAUACAUGGUUAGGAUUGAACUUAACUGGUUAGCCCAGUGUUGUUUUCUAACUUGUUUUCUAACUUGGUGCUUCUUUAUAGCAGACUGCAAAAUGCCCCCAGAGGUUCAGGGAUACUUCUCCAUUUAAAAAUAAAAAGGUGUUUUUA